UUACUUCAAAAAACGGCUUCAAAAAUCGCAACGCGUUGUCAUGGCCGGCUCCCAAACCCUCUGACGAGGUCUGGCACAACGGCGCGCCUCUUGAGGGGCGUGUUGCGAAGCCAGCGACGCUUCGUCAUGGGUCCAGGUGAACCGUACACCUGCACACCGAUCCUUCCCCACUUUGCAGCCGAAGUGCAUGGCUUCUCACUGGCCGGGAAGGAUCCCCUCCCUGCCGAUGUGGUCGCAAGGAUCAAAGAUGACAUGAAGAAGUACCGCGUUCUGGUCUUCAAAGAUCAAGGUCGCCUCAGCGGGGAACGUCAGGUGCAGAUAUCCCAACAACUGGGAACAAUUGAAAGCACCUUCUACAAACAUCCAAAAAGUCCACAUCCAGACAUUUUUCGAGUUUCCAAUGAUGAAACGGAAGGAUGCGUGGGCGUGGGGCGCACCGGCUGGCACAUCGAUGGAACCUUUCAAACAAGGCCUUUCAAGUACCAGACCAUGCACUUCCACAGUGUUUGCGAAGGUGGUGAAACCUGGUUUGUUCCCUUGAAAGAAUUCUAUGAGAUGCAGGAUGAAGAGACUCGAGACCGCUGGGAUAGAUAUUGGAUGGUGACCAGAGAAGGCUUGGCCCAUCCCCUGGUCUAUCGACAUCCCGUGCGGGAGGACACCAGCAUGAUGUUUCAUUGCGGUCCGCCCUUCUGCGCGGCCUGGGCAGUGGAUGAUGAUGCGGAACGAUCCUCUGAAAGGAAAGUCUCUGGGAGGAUGAUUGCGCCACAUGUUGUGCAGGAUGAACUCACCAGACGUUUGGAUGAAGCAGUCGAUCGGAUUGGCAUCAAGAUGUCUUGGGAGGAGGGCGACUUUGCCAUCAAUGACAACCUGGGGAAUUGCUCAAAAUUGGCUCUUUGGAAUCAGUCAUUAUGCCUCCAAGGGCACGCAGAAUCCCAAGAAGAAAGCUGGACUGAGGAUACUUCACCGGACGACCAUCGCUGGGGAAGACGUCCCGGCCAAGUUUGACGGUCGAAGCUCCAAAUAUCUGGAUCUUCGCUGAGAAAAA